AUGAUGAAAAUAUGGUCCAUGAAGAAACAGCAACAGCAAGAUGAGGCUGCGGCUGCUGCGUCAAGCAAGAAGAAAAAGGUCACUCCAGCCCAACUGCGCACACAAAAAGAUCUCGAAGAGCUGUCUCUGGGCACGACGAUGAAGACGCACUUUCCCAACCCUGACGAUAUCCUCAACUUUGAACUCACAAUCGACCCCGACGAGGGCAUGUACAAGGGUGGCCGCUUCAAAUUUGACUUCAAGAUCAACCAAAACUUCCCACACGACCCGCCCAAAGUCAAGUGCACACAAAAGAUCUACCACCCCAACAUUGAUCUUGAGGGCAACGUGUGCCUGAACAUUCUGCGAGAAGACUGGAAACCAGUAUUGAACCUGAAUGCGGUUGUUGUUGGCUUACAGUUUCUCUUCCUCGAACCAAACGCUUCGGAUCCAUUGAACAAGGAGGCUGCAGAAGACCUCAAGGCGAACCGAGAAGGCUUCAAGCGCAACGUGCGCGCGUCGCUAGGUGGUGGGACAGUCAAGGGACAGAGCUUCGACCGCGUACUCAAAUGA